AUGGCCAGGCCCAAGUCUGACCUGAUGGAUAAACGAAACGCGCCGCUCAGGAGUCAUCCUCCGAACAACCCUCCAACUCAAGUCCUCACGGACGAGGAUGGAUCCCGCGGCGUUGUUCUUCCGCUGCCUGAAAGUUUGUUGUUUGACGAGCAACGCGGCCGUUCUGAGGAACGGAACCAGCACCGCAACCAAUCUGUCAGUCCUUUCAAGCGUCGUGACCAUUCUGAAUUGCCUCCUAUCCAGACCAGUGGCCUGGGAGGAUUGAUUCCAAAGUCCUCGACUGGCCAUCUGAAUUAUUCGGACUCGGAUACCAACGAAGAACGACCUUUCCUGACCAAGCUUCUCAACAAAUCUCCGUUCCAUUCGAAGAGAGCCACCAUUCUCGGAGAAGAAAGGCAGGACGAUAGCCAGAUGCCACACAGUGCUUCCCAAGAGGCUAAGGAUGAAGAGGAAUACCACAAGUUUUGUGUCAGCUUGAACAACAGCUUGAACAAUAGCUUGGAGGAUGAUUCUCCCAUUGAUGAGAAUGGGGAAAUUGAGCAUUGCGACAGCAUGGUCGACGAACAGAAAGAUCAAGUUAAACUGUUUCGUUCCAGUCUGCUUGCCGGUGCCAAAGCCCAGGAAGAUCGACGUGCCCGUUCUAAACGGACUCCGACGCCCCCUGAUCAUCUUCACGUUAGUCUUGAUUUGGCUUCCGACCAUGACAUGAAUGAUCCGAUCGUCACCGAGAGCAAAGACAGCGUCAUUGGUGUUCAAGAACAUGACAGCUUUUCUCUCCCCGAGACUUUGAAACCCAAUACCUCUUUCCAGGAAGAGAGCGAAGAGUCUCUGGACUGCCUCAUUAAAGAACUGGAGGCUGAAGAUGGAAGCGAACCUGACGUGGAUGCCAUGACGAUCCGAGCUGGGCAAGUUCACCCAUACCCGCCUUCGCUGUUGGACACCAAGGCCAAUGAGGGCCUCGACGACGCAGAGGUGGCCGCCCGGCGCAAGAAGUAUGGCUGGAAUCGCAUGAACGAACAGAAACGGAAUCAUUUCAUGAAGUUUAUUUCUUUCUUCAAUGGCCCGGUCCAGUGGGUCAUGGAGAUUGCUAUGAUCUUAGCUGCCGCCUUGCGAGAUUGGAUCGAUUUCGGAAUAAUCGGUGCUCUUCUCUUAUUGAAUGCCGUGGUCGGAUUCGCUCAGGAAUACCAGGCGGGCAACAUUGUCGACAGUCUCAAGGAGACUCUUGCCCUGAGAGCUCUGGCCGUUCGCAACAGUUGCAUCGUGGAGAUAAAUGCUGAAGAGGUCGUGGUUGGUGACAUCAUUCAUGUGGAAGAUGGCACAAUCAUCGCGGCAGAUGGCAGGCUGAUGGGUGACGAUGCCUACAUUCAAGUUGAUCAGUCUGGAAUAACCGGAGAAUCUCUCGCUGUGGACAAACACGAAGGGGAUCUUCUCUUUACCUCGUCGGCAGUUAAACGUGGGGCUGGGCUCAUGAUUGUGACCGCAACUGGUGAUCAUACCUUUGUCGGAAACGCAGCAGUUCUGGUGAAUAAGGCAGGAAAUACCACUGGCCACUUCACCCGAGUCCUGCACGCAAUGGCGCGCGUUCUUCUGAUUCUGGUGCUUUUCACCCUGCUGGUCGUCUGGAUCAGCAGUUAUUAUCGCUCAAACCCGAUUGUUCAGAUCCUUGAGUUCUCGCUCGCAAUCACCGUGAUUGGAGUCCCCGUAGGUCUUCCCGUGGUUGUCACCACAACAAUGGCCGUUGGUGCAUCUUAUCUGGCGAAACACAAGGCCAUCGUGCAAAAGCUCUCAGCUAUCGAGUCGUUGGCCGGAGUGGAGAUCCUCUGUUCAGACAAAACGGGAACACUCACCCGAAACAGACUGACAUUGGGAGAUCCAUACAUAGCCCCUGGGAUGAGUGCAGAAGAGCUUAUGUUGACUGCGUGUCUUGCGGCGAGUCGCAAAAAGGGCGGAAUCGAUGCUAUCGACAAGGUGUUCCUCAAAGGUCUCCGCCACUUCCCGUGGGCCAAAUCUCGGAUCGCCUCGUACAAGACUCUUGAGUUCACUCCAUUUGAUCCGGUGUCGAAGAAAGUCACGGCAUAUGUCCAAGAUCUGAAUGGCGAAAAGAUGAUCUGCGUGAAGGGUGCUCCUAUGGCUAUCCUGAGAACAGUGGAGACGGAAACCUCACUGUGCGAUCGGUUUUUCAAGGAAUAUGAGGCCAAGGUUACCGAGUUUGCCAGCCGAGGAUUCCGUGCACUCGGAGUUGCCCGCAAGCGUCAAGGCCGGCCAUGGGAGAUUCUGGGAAUCAUGCCAUGCAUGGAUCCCCCCCGUCAUGACACGGCUAAGACAGUUUCCGAGGCUCAAGAACUAGGACUCUCUGUCAAGAUGCUCACUGGAGACGCAGUAGCCAUUGCACGCGAAACGGCACGCAGACUAGGUCUCGGGACCAACAUUUACAAUGCCGAACGCCUUGGUGUCACUGGCGCCGGUUCCAUGUCUGGGUCCGAAGUGAACGACUUCGUUGAGGCCGCUGACGGUUUCGCAGAAGUCUACCCCCAGCACAAGUACAGUGUGGUUGAGAUCCUCCAGCGACGCGGCUAUCUGGUAGCAAUGACUGGCGACGGUGUGAACGAUGCUGCUUCAUUGAAGAAGGCGGAUACUGGUAUUGCGGUUGAGGGCGCAUCCGAUGCGGCCCGUUCCGCUGCUGACAUUGUCUUCUUGGCCCCUGGUCUUUCGGCAAUUAUCGAGGCGAUCAAGAUUGCUCGCCGGAUCUUCCACCGUAUGUACUCAUAUGUUGUGUUCCGGAUCGCGCUGUCCAUUCAUUUGGAACUCUUCCUCGGACUCCUGAUUGUGAUCAAGAAUGAGACCCUCGACCUCCGCCUGGUUGUUCUCCUCGCUAUCUUCGCCGAUGUUGCAACCUUGGCAAUUGCAUAUGACAAUGCUACUUAUUCUCAGUUGCCCGUCAAAUGGAACCAGCCAAGACUCUGGGGAGAAUCGAUUGUUCUAGGGUUCAUUCUUGCAGUCGGGACCUGGGUGACGCUGGGCACCAUCCUAUUACAAGGUGAAGACGGGGGUGUUAUCGAAGGCUGGGGUUCACGAGAUGAGGUCUUGUUCCUGGAGAUCGCUCUGACACAGAGCUGGUUGAUUCUGAUAACUCGCGUCAAUGGAUCUGGAUCGGACUCAUUUUGGGCUAACUGCCCAUCGUUUUACCUUCUCGUCGCUGUGGGUUCUGUCGAUCUGACCGCAACUAUGAUGGCCGCAUAUGGUGUCUUCGGUGAAAACACAUCCUGGUUAACCGUCCUCCGUGUGUGGAUUCUUUCAUUUGGGGUGACAUGUGUCAACGGGCUGGCUUACAUCUUGAUGCAUAACUCGCAAAGAUUUGACAACCUCAUGCAUGGCAAAGGUCCCCGAAAGAAGGGAGAACGCUCCAGGGAAGACUUCGGUCUCGACAUGCAGCGAAUGGCGAAGCAACACGAGAAGAGCAGUUAG